UAAAAAUUAAAAUUUUAAAAAUAAAUAAACAAAACUUAAGUAAUUAAUUAAUAAUCCCAUUUUGACAACAGUAAUACAGAUAUUCUUGAACCUAAGCUUUAUGACAAUAGAUGCACGAGGUGGUUGGCACAGUUGGCGCAAAACACUACCAUAUUUCUUGAUAAAAUUAACAGAAUUAAAUCUCAUAUAUUUUAUAGAUGUUGAAAUCCAUCUCUCGCAGUAUCAGUGAUAUUUUUAUUGCAGUGAAUAUGUUGUGACUAGUUGUCGCGAAAUCGAAUGACUAAAGAAGUGACGCGAUUGUAUCACGGUGCUAUUGCAUACUAAAGGCUUUUAUUGUCGUGAUAUUGUUUUGUAGGCAAUUUAUAAUAUUUUCAAGUCUUUGUUAUGAUUCGCAUGCUUCACAUAAUGAAUGUAUCCUCAUGAUUUUUACGAUGUGCGCAAUUGAUGAAGCAUGAUAAACGGCAAUAAUGUCAUGUGACGAACAUAAGCAAUGUAGACCCAUAAAAAGUCUUAAGGUGCACUAAGCGUCCACAUAUUUAAAGAGAUUAUCGUUCUAUAUUACUAUGUGUACACCGAAUCUGUAUAUAAGCCAAGCAAUCACCGAAAUGAUUCACUUUGUACCAAGCUGACUACAGGAAUUUCUCAAUCAAAAUGGGAAAACUCAUCGUGUUUCUUUGCUUUGCUCUUCUCGCAAUGACAUUAGUCAUGGGUUGCUCACCUCCCGGGGCGGUGUGCGGAAGUGGUGUCGGGGAUGGGACAUGUUGCGAGCCAUUUGAGUGCACUGAAUUGUUGAAUCCAUGGAUUCGUCCUCGUUGCAUUUGGCCAAAAUGGGGAUCAGGAAAACCAUGGGGACCAUGGGGACGAUGGGGACCUGAUAAACCCGGCGAGGAAGUAGAAUGGCCAGCAAAGAAAGAAUCUACUGAAUAAUUAUACACGAUAUCUCCUAAACUUCGUUGCAUGGACUUCGUUGCAACAAUGAUUUAAUCUUGCAUCUCAAUUAAAAUGGAAAAUAUCUUUAAAAAUAUGUAAGAAUUUAUAUGAUAAUUGAAAAUAUAUACUUGUUUAGUUGUUACAGCCAAAUAUUUAUCGUGUCUUAAUGAUUAAGAACCCUUAUUUCCUAAUUAAUUAAAUUACAAUUAAUUUGUAAGCAGAAAUAGUUUAUUCUGUGAUGAUAUUUAUUUCGUAAAACUAAGAACAUAUUCAGGUUCUUUUAAAGAAAGAAUAUAUACUUUCUGAUAAAAAUCAUCAUAAAAUAGACAGCUGUGAUAGUCAACUUAUGUAUAAUUGAUAAAUAAAAAAUUGUAUGUUUAAAUUAUAAUAACCUUAAUUCUUAAUAUUUAAAACUUAGUGUAAAAUAUAGUUAUUGUAACAAAAGUAUAGUCAUUUGCAGCGAGAUAAAUUUCUAUUUUAAUUUCUCCCGGAGUAUGCUGUUGCAACUGAAUACAUAAUGUACGUUUGCUUAAAAUAUUUAGCAAUAACUCAUCUUAUCUUGAAUAACCAACGGCAAUAUUCCGUUAGAAUCGAAAGUAUUAAAAAACUAUUAUUAAAAGUUUAUUACUCAAAAUGAGUAAAAAUAAUAACUUUUACUUCUUUGACAAGAACUUUUUCAAAAUUAUAACAGUAAUCUCUAUAUUCGAAUCAUUUGAAAUGUCCAUAAAAGACUUAAUAUUAAUAUAAAAUAUUUUUUUAAUUAAUGCACAUUCUUUGAUGCAAUUGCUUUAUGAUAAAACAGAAUAAUGACAAAGCAGUAUAUACAAUUCUUAUAACUUAAUUAUUAUAUUAUAUUAUUUAAUCCUAUAUAAAUAUAUCAAUUAUUGUUAAAGAUUCUAAUGUCAACAAAAUGAAACAAAGUAAGAAGCUACAAUGAAAUACGAACUACUUACAGUCAUGAUUAAUAAUUCAAGUAAAGAAGCAAAAAUAACUUCGUAAUAGUCUUCCAAAACCAAUAUUUUCAUUUGUAUGAUGUAGUGGUAUAUUUCCAAUAUUUUUGAUUUACACAAGUGCAAUAUUAAGUAUAAAUACCGUUCGAGGAUCAAAAAUCGAUCAGUUGCGAUCCCAUCAUACGCCGAUCUGAACAACUAAUCUGUUCUCCUUAAAAAAAA